AUGGAUUGUUAUUAUAAAAAAGGCGGAUCAAUAGCUAGCUGCGGCAGGGAAAUACCUCGUCAACUUCUAAGCGUGACUGUUGGGUCAAGUAAUGCUCAAUCUAGUACACAAACACGUCCAGCAGCUGAGAUUAUUAUACAUCCGAAUCACAAUCAAUCAUUUUUUAUAAAUGAUAUUGCUUUGAUUCGUUUGGAAGCACCUUUAAAUACGGAUGAUUCAUCUAUAGCACAAAUAUGUCUACCAGCGGAAAUGACUGGAAAUUAUUCAUCAGACAACUCAUCGUUAGUCGCUCUCAAUAAGGCUUACGGCAAACUUCGAGAAGUUCCAACGACAGCUGUUUCAAUUGACAGUGAAGAUUGUCAAUCAAUAAUCACUGAUGCUUCAACACAAUUAUGUGCUCAAGUCGUCAAAUCCAAUAUAGAUACUUGUACCGGUGAUGCAGGUAAUCCAUUGAUGGUUUACACGUCGAGUAGACAAUGGAUUGUUGUUGGACUUGUUUCAUUUGGUAUCCUAUGUGAUGGUCAAUAUCCUAGCGUUUACACGCGUGUCUCCGCCUAUUUGGAUUGGAUCAAAUUGAAGACCGGGAUUGACUCUACUGCGAAAUAA